AUGAAUGAGAAGGAGAGGUUAUACAGUACAGGAGAGAGGUUAUACAGUACAGGAGAGAGGUUAUACAGUACAGAAGAGAGGUUAUACAGUACAGGAGAGAGGUUAUACAGUACAGGAGAGAGGUUAUACAGUACAGGAGAGAGGUUAUACAGUACAGGAGAGAGGUUAUACAGUACAGAAGAGAGGUUAUACAGUACAGAAGAGAGGUUAUACAGUACAGGAGAGAGGUUAUACAGUACAGGAGAGAGGUUAUACAGUACAGGAGAGAGGUUAUACAGUACAGGAGAGAGGUUGUACAGUACAGAAGAGAGGUUAUACAGUACAGGAGAGAGGUUAUACAGUACAGGAGAUAGGUUAUACAGAAGAGAGGUUAUACAGUACAGGAGAGAGGUUGUACAGUACAGAAGAGGUUAUACAGUACAGGAGAGAGGUUAUACAGUACAUGAGAGAGGUUAUACAGUACAGAAGAGAGGUUAUACAGUACAGGAGAGAGGUUAUACAGUACAGGAGAGAGGUUAUACAGUACAGGAGAGAGGUUAUACAGUACAGAAGAGAGGUUAUACAGUACAGGAGAGAGGUUAUACAGUACAGAAGAGAGGUUAUACAGUACAGGAGAGAGUUUAUACAGUACAGGAGAGAGGUUAUAGAGUACAGAAGAGAGGUUAUACAGUACAGAAGAGAGGUUAUACAGUACAGAAGAGAGGUUAUACAGUACAGGAGAGAGGUUAUACAGUACAGGAGAGAGGUUAUACAGUACAGGAGAGAGGUUAUACAGUACAGGAGAGAGGUUAUACAGUACAGGAGAGAGGUUAUACAGUACAGGAGAGAGGUUAUACAGUACAGGAGAGAGGUUAUACAGUACAGAAGAGAGGUUAUACAGUACAGGAGAGAGGUUAUACAGUACAGGAGAGAGGUUAUACAGUACAGGAGAGAGGUUAUACAGUACAGGAGAGAGGUUAUACAGUACAGGAGAGAGGUUAUACAGUACAGGAGAGAGGUUAUACAGUACAGGAGAGAGGUUAUCUUUCUCUCUCUCUCUCUUGAUCUCUCUCUCUCGAUCUCUCUCUCUCUCUCUCUCUCCCUCUCUCGAUCUCUCUCUCUCGAUCUCUCUCUCUCUCUCUCUCUCUCUCUCUCUUGAUCCCUCUCUCUCUCUUGAUCUCUCUCUCGAUCUCUCUCUCUCUCGAUCCCUCUCUCUCUCUCUCUCUCUCUCUCUCUCUCUCUUGAUCCCUCUCUCUCUCUUGAUCCCUCUCUCAUACACUCUGUGGCCUCUCUUUUCAUCGUCCUGUUUUUGGAGGAAAACUCCUUCUCUUUGUGUCAUUGUGUUCCAUUUUCAGAACGUCACAUUCCACCAAACCUGUGACCACCUCCGACUAACUAGCUCUCUUUCACUCCUCGGGAUCGUGUGUGUGUGUGUGGGGCCACAUGUGUGGGGCCACAUUUCAACGUCUGUGUGUAUUACCUAGCUAGAUAAAGAAGUGCCCAUGUCCACUCAGGGAGGUCCUUCUCUCAAUUGCUCCCUCAUUCUCUGUCCCCCUCUCCGUCUCUCUCUCCUUUUCAUUCUUUCUGGGGGUGAAUAAAGGAGACAUUUUCAGUGUGAAGAGGAGCGUGUAAUGUCCUGUAUGACCCCCCCCCCAGAGACAGAGCAGACCACCACGGCAGCCACAUCACCAAUGAGGUGUGUUAGAUCCGUGUGUCUGUAGUUCUGUGUGUGUGUGGGAUGUGUAUUCAACAGACUGUGAUUGUUAAACUGGCCUUUUCAGACUUCUUCAGGUUGUUAUAGCCACAAGUGCUGUGGAAUCUGUAGUUGGAGAGGGGUCCUGCUCAGAGACAGAGGGGAGGACACUGGGUGGAUGCAUGACCUUUUGGUGAGCAGUCUUCACAGCCAGCGGUCUGUGAAUUGCGUUUGUAUUGCUUUGUCCUGUAUCCCCUCCAACACCAGCUGGUGAAGCUACUCCGACUGCAGUGUAAGCACGGGGUAGAGAUGGACACAUCCCAAAGGUUGUUCUCUUAAACAUAUCCUGAAUAAAAGUUAGUUAUUAUAGCAACUCGUGAUGUUGGAAAGAGAAGGUGUUGACUAUAUUUUGCAGGGCCAUGUAUUGGCAUAUUAUCAAUGUGUUAUGUAUCAAGUGACUGUCAUAGAUUCCAGUAGUUUGCUGUUGCUAUGUCCAUAAGAGUUGACAAGACCACACAAUCUGUGACCAGGCUAGAGCCCUAACCAGUUGAAUCAACUGGAUGUUGAUUAAGUGGAUUAAGGCAGCACCCCCUGCACCUCUCUGAUUCAGAGGGGUUGGGUUAAAUGUGGAAGACACACUUAAGUUGAAUGCAUUCAGUUGUACAACUGACGACGGGAGUCGGUCCUUCCAUGGCAUUACUGGGUUAGUCUCUGCCGCCCUCUAGUGUAACUAGCCAUUGAUUACACUCCAUGGUGUUAUUGACGUGUAUUAGCUGUGAUGGCCACUGGGACCAGAUGUAUUUUUCUCUCCAGAACGUUGUUCUCUCCCUUCUGUCCUCCGUCAUUCACUCCCCUCCACAGACAUGACAGGAGUGGGCCCUAUUUGAAUAUUCUUAGAACAGGGUUUACUGAGUGACCCUCUAUAGAUCAGUUAGAAGAGCAUGGUCCUCUGUAGAUCAGUUAGAAGAGCAUGGUCCUCUGUAGAUCAGUUGGUAGAGCAUGGUCCUCUGUAGAUCAGUUAGAAGAGCAUGGUCCUCUGUAGAUCAGUUGGUAGAGCAUGGUCCUCUGUAGAUCAGUUGGUAGAGCAUGGUCCUCUGUAGACCAGUUGGUAGAGCAUGGUCCUCUGUAGAUCAGUUAGAAGAGCAUGGUCCUCUGUAGAUCAGUUAGAAGAGCAUGGUCCUCUGUAGACCAGUUGGUAGAGCAUGGUCCUCUGUAGAUCAGUUAGAAGAGCAUGGUCCUCUGUAGAUCAGUUAGAAGAGCAUGGUCCUCUGUAGAUCAGUUAGAAGAGCAUGGUCCUCUGUAGAUCAGUUAGAAGAGCAUGGUCCUCUGUAGAUCAGUUAGAAGAGCAUGUUCCUCUGUAGAUCAGUUGGUAGAGCAUGGUCCUCUGUAGAUCAGUUAGAAGAGCAUGGUCCUCUGUAGAUCAGUUGGUAGAGCAUGGUCCUCUGUAGAUCAGUUAGAAGAGCAUGGUCCUCUGUAGAUCA